AUGUCAAGAUCUUUCAGCAUUCUAUAUGUGUUAGCAGCAGCCAACUUGGCGUCUCUAGCAGAUAGUCAUGGAUAUAUGAACAUACCCUCUAGUCGAACAAGCAUCGGCCAUUCAGUCGGCAUCGACACAUGUCCCGAAUGUACUAUUCUCGAGCCCGUCACCUCAUGGCCCGAUCUCGACUCUGCUCCAGUUGGACGCAGCGGUCCUUGCGGCUACAACGCUCGCGUCAGCGUAGACUACAACUACCCCUCCACAAACUGGGGCAAUACUCCCGUCACCACCUACACAGCUGGUCAAACCGUCGAUGUGCAAUGGUGCGUCGACAACAACGGAGACCACGGCGGCAUGUUCAGCUGGCGCAUCUGUCAAGACCAAUCUAUCGUGAACAAACUCAUCACUCCGGGAUACAUCCCCACGGAUAUCGAAAAACAAGCCGCGGAAGAUUGUUUCGACGCCGGUUUGCUCCCCUGUACAGAUGUCACCGGCGCCACCUGCGACUACAACGCCGAUUGCACAUCCGGUCAAGCAUGCUGGCGCAACGACUGGUUUACCUGCAAGGGGUUCAACAGCGGAACACGAUGUCAAGGCGUAGAUAACUCCGCGCUCGGCUCCUGCUAUACUUCCAUCGCAGGCGGAUAUACAGUGACCAAGAAAGUGAAGAUUCCAAACUAUGCAUCGAAUCACACACUCAUAUCUCUGAAAUGGAAUUCCUUCCAAACGGGACAGAUCUAUCUGACCUGUGCCGAUAUCGCGAUUGUUGGUUCUGGGAGCGGUGGUGGUGGCUCUUCCAGUACCACGAGCAAAACAUCUUCUAUCUCCACUACCCUUAGCACUUCCACCAAAUCUACCACCAGCACCAGCACCACCACAUCCUGCACCUCCACCCCCUCACUAAUCCCCAUAACCUUCAACACUCUCGUCACCACGACCUACGGGCAAACCAUCAAAGUAGCCGGCUCCAUCGCCGCCCUCGGAAACUGGGAUGUAUCUGCCGCUCUCGCCUUAUCAGCAGUCAACUACACGAGUGCGAAUCCAUUGUGGACGGGAACCGUCUUGUUGCCUCCGGGUCAGGUGGUGCAGUAUAAGUAUGUGAAUGUGGCGAGUGGGGGGACGGCGACGUGGGAAAGUGAUCCGAAUCGCGUUUUUACGGUGCCGGCGGGUUGUGCGACGAAGGGGACGGUGGGGGAUACUUGGAGAUAG